CGGAGCGGACACGUCCCCGUAGCGAGCGCGGGCGGGUGCCGGCCGCGGCUCGGCGCGGCGGGGCCUGGCGGCGCCAUGAAGGAGUGCGAGUACCGGCAGAUCCCCCCGGGCGCCCCUGCCGCGCCCCCGGGCCCGCCGCCCGCCCCGGAGCCGCCGGCCCGGGCCCCGCGCCGCAAGUGGGAGGUGUUCCCGGGCCGCAACCGCUUCUACUGCGGCGGGCGCCUCAUGCUGGCGCGGCACAGCGGCGUCUUCGCCCUCACGCUGGGGCUCAUCCUGGCCACCAGCGGCCUCUUCUUCGCCUUCGACUGCCCCUUCCUUGCCAGUCACCUGACCCUGGCCAUUCCCAUCAUCGGGGGUGUCCUGUUCUUCUUUGUCAUCAGCUGUCUGCUGCAGACGAGCCUCAGAGACCCAGGUAUCCUGCCCAGAGCCACGCCCAGUGAGGCUGCAGACCUGGAGAAACGGAUUGAUAGCAUGGGCACCUCCACCUACCGCCCGCCCGCCCGGACAAUGGAAGUGGUUAUAAACAAAUACGUGGUGAAAUUAAAGUACUGCUAUACCUGCAAAAUGUUCCGACCCCCCAGGACCUCUCACUGCAGCGUCUGUGAUAACUGUGUAGAGCGGUUUGAUCACCACUGCCCCUGGGUAGGCAACUGCGUGGGGAAGCGCAACUAUCGCUACUUCUACGCCUUCAUCCUCUCCCUCUCCUUCCUGACGGCCUUCAUCUUUGCUUGUGUCAUCACCCACCUCACUCUGCGCUCUCAGGGAAGUGGAUUCGUCACCACUCUGAAGGCAACACCAGCGAGCGUGCUGGAGUUGGUGAUAUGUUUUUUCUCAGUCUGGUCUAUUUUGGGCCUCUCAGGUUUUCACACUUACCUAGUCGCCUCCAACCUGACGACGAAUGAAGACAUCAAAGGGUCGUGGUCAAAUAAGAGAGGCUCAGAGUUUGCCAAUCCCUACAGCCAUAAGAGUAUCCUCACCAACUGCUGUGCAGUAUUGUGUGGGCCAUUCCAUCCCAGUUUAAUAGACAGAAGAGGAUUUAUCCAGCCUGAUGCCGGGACCCUAUCCAGUCCCAAGGGUGAAAUCCCCUCCUUUGGAGCCAAGACUGACACCAGCAUGCUGCUACAGCCUGAUGCCGAGCAAGACCUUGGCCUCACCCAGGGAGAGGGGUUCGAACCACAGCUGGGAAGCAAGAAGGGCUGCUUGGGAAACCCCAGCCUCUCAGAACCAUCCAAGCUUGGAGUGUCGGCUCCAGAGAGCUGCCAUCGUUGCUGCGGGGAUUAGCUGAAUGGGCUGCCGUGCCUUGUGGGGGCUGAGGAUGGGUGCUGCAUUCUAGAUUGGGGGUUGGGUUUUGGGGGAGGAUGAAGGCUGAAAGCUAGGUCUCCCUGCUGUGUCUCUACAAACGCCUCCUGCAUCUCUGCCCCAGGAGUGUGAGGGGCAGCUUCAUGUGUCAGUAUAAGCUACGCUCCCAUCUGGGCCUGCGGAAUAUGUAGCCUCCCUUUCCCAGCAGCACCGGUACUUUUCAGAAUUGAAGCUGGCUGGUUGGGAUGACAUUCUCGGUCCAAGGCGCUGGGGAGAGCGCCAAGGGUCCAGACCCAUAUGGGGCAGUGAGCAUAGGCAGGGAAAUAGAUGUGCCACCUCAGCUGCUGUUCAGUGCUGGCUCUCACCUGGUCACAGAGGAAGGUGCUGACCGACCCUUCCUAGUGUUGUAGCCAUUUCAGCCAGUAAGAAGCCAUGCGAGGAUACAGUCCAGAGGAGUUCCUAGUUUUAACUGUUAAAAACAAAAUAAGCCAAGUAUUUUGUGGGUGUAAUGGGGAGAUGUUGCCCUUAGCUGGUCACCUGUCAGACCUCCGCCCAACACUAGGUAGCUAACGCCUGAGUGGGCUCCAGCGUUGAAGAGGCCCAGCUUGCUCAAAUCGGGUCACCCUGAGUGCUGGUGUCAGUCAGCCUGCGUGUGGUUUGGAUUCCUGGCCAGUGGAAUAGAGAGCGGGGCCACCUGCUGGCCCUCUGGGAAUGAGUCCUCUGAGUUUGUCUGCCCCAGGGUGGCACCAGACCGGUUGCUGCUCCUUACCAGGUGUUCACCAGUCUGCCUUGUGGAUUACUGACCCUGGCGAGUGUGUUGAGGAGAGUUACAGACACAUUAGCCAUACUUGAAAUGUGUUUAUUAAAAGCUGCUGGGUAUUUUUGCACAAUUUUUUAGAUUUUUUUCUAAGUAGUAUUUUUUUUGUGUGUCGGUGUAGAUAGCUGCUGUACAUAUUCCUGGCACCAGGGUAGAGAUUUGCAAUGUUUGUUCUGUGUUAAGCCACUUGGUUAGAAGCCCCAGGCGUUGCAGUAUGUAUCGGACCCAAGCCCUUUCAUCGUUCUCACCUGUGCUUUUCUCACUAGCCAGUGUAUUUGUGGGGCAGAUUGUCACAGAGUUAUUCCCCUGUACUCUGCUUUGCACAUCAUGAAUGACAGCACGCUAGCAGAGAAUUGCCGGCCGCAGCAAACAUAAGGGGAACAUAAGUUGUGUGGAAGGGGCUGGUAUUGCUUAAGGCAUCCCUCAUUCGCCCUACCCUGUGAGUCAGUCUGCUGAGCAGUGGUGAGCUUCAAUGGGACGAUGUUUAAAUGCACCCCCCAGCAUGGUGUUCGCACAUUCCAGGCAUUCCCUUCCCCUCUAGUUUUUGGCGCUCUUUUGUAGCCCAGUUUUGUUGCUGGCCAGAAAAUGUCACAAAUCCUGACUGUUCAAAGAGCAGGGCAUGAGAUGUGCCCCGCCCCUCCACCACCCACGUCCUGGGGUUGGGAACUUGGGAUCUGCAUUUACAUGCUGCAGGCUUCUUGCAGAAGGCAGUGGUUUUAGGUGGGGCUUUAAGAGAAGCUUUAGCUGAGAAGAAUAUUGGACAAUUUCAAACCAUUCCUUUUUGGAGAUUUGAUUAGAAAUCUGCUCCUUCCACCCUGUAAAUGUUCCUCUUGCUUUAUGUUUCUGGCUCAGUGCACAGAGAGCUCAGUAUUCAAGUGAGAAGGGGCAUGGCAGGGGUGCUGUUGUCAGUGGACUGAUCUUGUAGGAUAGCCAGGGGGUGGUGGUGCUGCUGCCUUGUUAUAUGUAUGGCUGGGGACUGGAUGAUUCGGGCUUCAUAUGUUCUCAAUGAGUCCCCUUUCCAGCAGGGUGACUAGUCCAAAGCCAGCCCCCGUUCUUAGUGACCAGCUGUUCCUUGGAGAAGCAUCCUCGCACCACACACACACGGAUGUUAAUGUUCCCCACUGCUGGCAACUGAGGCGAAGAAGGGUCGGUACCAGCAUGUAGCAUAAAUGACCACCUGAGCCCUGGGGGUGACCCCUGCAGCUCAGGGGUGAGGCAGGCUGGCAGGGCAGCUCACUCUGCAGAUUGACACACAAGGCUAUAGCUCAUGUGCCUUGCCACUACUAGACUCAUCUUCAGCCUCAGACGGCUCAAUGCAACAGCGUAAAAAGCUGCUGCUGUGUCUGGAAAAUAACACUCCAAAAAUCCUUUCCAGAAACCAUGCUGCACAGCAGUUACCGUCUGUCUUCCCCCUAUCCACAAAAUAGCUGGUGUUCUUAAUACAGCGGCACUAACUCUCCCGUGGCCCUGAUGCUGUGUCCAUUGCUUGUGUAAUGGUAGGACUGGCAGAUGGUGUGUAGAGGGUCAGUAAAGCUACACUCCAAGAGGCUGCAGCUUUAAUGGGAAAGGAUAGGAAAACUGACCCCGCCUCUUACAGGAGUUCUGAAGGAGGGAGAGGGAGGCAAACUCUCUCACUUCCGUUUGAACCGGUUUCUCUUGUUACUUGCUGUAAUAAAGUUAUAUUUUUAAAGUUAA